CGCCAUGUGGUCAGACAACUCCCACAGCGAGGGUUUCCACUACGCCCACCCCUUCCCUCACGCUCCCGCCCUCGACAAGCUCUGUUUGCACUCAAGGCUGGGGUGCGUGCUAGCGGGCGGCAUCAGGCGGGCCAGUUCCAAGGGAGAGACGGGCCCCUCCUUCCUCGCCCAGCUGCAGGACCCGCCCCCCGCCCCCUCAGCCACGGAGGUCUCUGCCGAGGCCGCCGUCUUCGUGGCCGUCAUCGUGGUGUUCUAUGCGGCUAUCAUCGUCAUCCUUCUGGGCACCAACAUGCGGAAACCUCGAUCUGCACUGGCUCGUUCCCGUUCUCGAUCUCGUUCCCGCUCUCGCUCUCGCUCCCGCUCCCGCUCGAGGCACCGACAUGAGGCAGUGCUGGACCCAGAGAACGGCAACGUGUCCACCAAGCAGACGAGGAAGAAGAAGAGGGACUUGGAAUACAGCGGCGAGCGGGUGGAGAACGUGUAGUGCUGUGGUGGUGUAGUGCGGGCAGUGUAGUGUGGGGAGGUAUGGUGGUGUUGGUGUGGUCCGGUGUGGCCAAGAUAGGUUUUAAGAAGUAAUUUUAAGUCAUUAUUAUUCUAAGUGAUGGAUAAUUAUAAGUGUUCGGGUGUAGGUGUGCUGGUAGUAAUAUUUGUUUCUAUUUUAUUUUUGUCACUUAUUUUCGUUAUUUUUAUUUAUUUUUAUUUGUUUUUCUUGUGGAUUGUGUUGUUGUUCGUUUUUGGUGUUUUCUUUAAAGCCUUUUAUUAAUUAUCAUAUUUUUGUUUGUUUUUGAAUCUGUCUUUUCCUUCUAUUAUGUACGUUUUCAUUUGUUUUCAUAUUAUCCAUAAUUUUAUAUAUUACUUUGUCUACCUUUUUCUUGUUCAGGAUUUAAAUUUUUCAUUUCUUCCAUUCAGUUUGUAUUUGCGAUAUCUUUAAUAAUUUUAUUAAUUUUCAUUCCAGUUUCUUUUUUUUAAGUGAAUUUUAGUAUAUAUUUUGUUCUUGUUUCAUGGUUAUAUAUUUUUCCUUCAUCUUAUUUUUCGUUUUCUUUCCUACUAUUUUUUGCAUAUCAAUGCAUUUUAUCUUUUCUUUUACCUCGUUUAUUCGUUUUCCGGUCGCGUUGAUUACUACUGUAGUUUCAAUCUGAGGUGUUUCUCAUACAUAUCACCCCUCCCCCCUGAGUAGAUCCUUCCAGCAGCCAUACAGCUACUUUCUACUCUGUUUCCAGUGUCAUUUCUACUAAUCUGCCUUCUUGUAUUAUCCGCAUUUUUUUCCUUACCCUAGUUUCUUUUCCUUUUUUUCUCAUUUUUUUGUUUCCAUCCUUCAGUUCUUUUCAUAUUUCCUUUCAUGGCCUGUACCCAUUCUUCCUUAAAGUUCCUUCCCCUUCCCUUUCAGUCUUUACAUUCGCCUAAUCAUUUUACCCUUGCUGUGUACUUUCUUUUGAUUUUUGCAUUACCUGUCUUCCAAUCAUAAAUUUUCCCUCUUUUUUCCCAUCUAAUUUUUCGUUACCCCCCCUCCCCCCCCAUCACACAUCAGUGGCUAUCUGUCUAGUCCCUUUAAACUUAUAUACGUUUGUGUGUAAGAAAAUAU